GGCAGCAUCAUGGCCCCGACGCUGCUCCAGAAGCUCUUCCACAAGAAGGGGAGCGGCGGCGGCGGCGGCGGCGGCGAGGGCCCCGCGGCGGCCACUGCCCAGAGCCGGGCGCCCCGGGAAGGACCCGCGCUUAGUUGGUCCUGUUCGGAGUUUGACCUGGAUGAGAUUCGCCUGAUCAUUUACCAGGACUGUGAAAGGAGAGGAAGACAAGUCUUGUUUGAUUCCAAAGCUGUACACAAGCUCGAAGAGGUGGUAACUCAGAAAACAGAGGAUGUCCCCAUCAAGGUGUCAGCCACAUGCUGUCCAGGUGGCAGCGGCAGCCUCGGGAGCAGCAGCAGCCUUUCCUCCCAUGGGUCCUCUGGGGGCUCUUUACCGCACACUCAGGAGCAGCUUCCCAAGUACCAGUACACAAGACCAGCCUCAGAUGUCAACAUGCUCGGAGAAAUGAUGUUCGGUUCUGUCGCUAUGAGUUACAAAGGCUCUACGUUAAAGAUACAUUAUAUACGUUCUCCUCCACAGCUGAUGAUUAGUAAAGUCUUCUCUGCUAGAAUGGGCAGCUUCUGUGGGAGUACAAAUAACUUGCAAGACAGCUUUGAGUACAUUAACCAAGAACCUAAUGCUGGAAAACCAAGCUCAACUCAGAAUAAUUUGGGUCCUUACCGGACUGGAAGUAACCUAGGUCUGCUGCAGGCUUGCAGUAGCAAACUGCUGCAGGGGGUGGCUGAAGGAGGAUCUCUCCGGCUCACCCGGAGCGCUUCUUUCUUUGCAGCACAUAGCACUCCAGUUGACAUGCCCAGCAGAGGACAGAACGAAGACAGGGACAGCGGCAUCGCUCGAUCAGCCUCCCUGAGCAGCCUUUUGAUUACACCUUUCCCAUCUCCAAGCUCCUCCACAUCCUCUUCCAGCAGCUACCAGCGCCGCUGGCUUCGAAGUCAGACCACGAGUUUGGAAAAUGGCAUCUUUCCAAGGAGGUCAAUAGAUGAAACAUUCAGCUUGGCUGAAGAGACGUGUAGUUCUAAUCCAGCCAUAGUUCGGAGGAAGAAAAUUGCAAUUAGCAUCAUCUUUUCCCUGUGUGAGAAAGAGGAAGCACAAAGGAAUUUUCAGGACUUCUUUUUCUCUCAUUUCCCCCUGUUUGAAUCUCACAUGAACAGGCUGAAGAGUGCAAUUGAAAAGGCCAUGAUCUCCUGUAGGAAGAUAGCAGAAUCAAGCCUCCGUGUCCAGUUUUAUGUCAGCCGUCUAAUGGAAGCUCUGGGAGAAUUCAGAGGAACUAUCUGGAACUUAUACUCUGUUCCAAGGAUAGCUGAACCAGUGUGGCUUACCAUGAUGUCUAGCACUUUGGAAAAAACUCAGCUCUGCCAGCGAUUCCUCAAGGAGUUUACUCUUCUGAUAGAACAGAUCAACAAAAACCAGUUUUUUGCUGCCUUACUGACUGCAGUGUUGACCUACCACCUGGCCUGGGUCCCGACUGUCAUGCCCGUCGAUCAUGUGCCUAUCAAAGCUUUCUCCGAGAAGCGCACCUCUCACUCGGUCAACACGCUUGCCAAAACACACCCAUAUAAUCCUCUCUGGGCACAGCUGGGUGAUCUUUAUGGGGCCAUUGGCUCUCCGGUGAGGCUGACACGCACUGUGGUGGUGGGCAAGCAGAAGGACCUGGUGCAGCGCAUCCUCUACGUCCUGACCUACUUUCUCCGUUGUUCUGAGCUGCAAGAAAACCAGCUGACCUGGAGUGGGCCUCACAGCGAUGGCGACCCUGUGCUGAAUGGGAGCAAGAUCACAACUGCCCUGGAGAGAGGUGAGGUAGAAGAGUCAGAGUAUGUGGUAGUGACGGUCAGAAGCGAGCCUGCUCUCCUACCUCCCAUCCUGCCCCACAUCGAGGCCCUAGAGAGAAGGAGCCCUGGGCCUGACGGGUCGCCCAGGACCCCAGAAGGCACUGACACUAGAGAUCUGUGCCCCAGGCCUGACCUAGAAGAAAACCACAGGCCAGAGCGAGAUGCUGAGGCCUGCAGCCCAGGAUUUCAAGGGCCAGAACUGGGCCACUCUUGGAAACAUGGGGACGUGUUAUGUGGAAAUGGGGAGAGAACAGAAGAUGUAUGCCCGGGGUCCUCUGUGGAGUUCCCCAGCUCUGAAUCCCCAGGGGCAGGACGGACUGUCCCCCUGCAGUCUGGGAGUGAGAUUCUAAUAGAAGGCCUGCCCAAGAAAGUCCCAGAGCGCUCAGCAGCCUGGCCUUGCCCAGAUAGGCGUCCUCAGGAAAUGCUGCCCUCGGAAAAGGUUACCUUUCAGAUUGGAAGCUCCAUCUCCCCAGAGUCAGACCUGGAAAGUCGCACCAAGAAGAUGGAGGCACUGCUGCAGGCCUGGGAACAGGGACCUGCGUCCACCCAUCCCGCGGCUGGGUGUGGGACCCUGGGCCAGCAGGAGUCUAGUUGCUCUGUCACAUCCAGCAUUAGAACACACCACGAUUCUCUACAGGACACAUCUGCUGAUGGGGACCUUGGUGAACCUGAGAGGGCUUUUCCCAAGGACAGGGGCAGUAGAAUUGAGGCUGAUGCAGGUGCUGUGAAGCCACUCAGUAAGCCAGCCCUUAGGGAGCAAGUGGCAGGAGCAGGCCCCAGGGUCCUGGAGAGUAGAGGUUUGUAUGAGCAGGAGGCAGGGGGACCCUCGGUGGGUGCUCUGAGAGGGUGUGCCCAACGGGAUAUACACAUCCCCUGUGGGGACGCCACCAGGACAACUGGCUUCAGAGCUGUCAGAGACAUUCCCCGGAAUGAGAGUUCGGACAGCGCCCUGGGAGACAGUGACAACGAUGAAGCCUCCACCAUGCUCAACCGUAGACUCAGCAGUGACCAUGCAGAUGGGACUACAGAAGUGGAGCUGCCUUUGCCCAGGUCUCAGAGCAUCAGCAACCCAAAUGUGAGAAACUUCGGCCGCUCUCUGCUGGCUGGGUACUGCCCCUCCUACAUGCCUGACUUGGUGCUUCACGGGACCAGCAGCGACGAGAAGCUGAGGCAAUGCUUGGUGGCUGAUCUGCUCCACACUGUGCACCAUCCAGUGCUGGAUGAGCCGAUCGCCGAGGCCGUCUGUAUCAUUGCAGACACAGAUAAGUGGAGUGUGCAGGUCGCCACGAGCCAGAGGAAGGUGAUGGAUACCAUGAAACUGGGUCAGGAUGUACUGGUCUCUAGUCAGGUGUCCAGUUUACUUCAGUCCAUUCUACAACUGUACAAGCUUCACCUCCCUGCUGAUUUUUGCAUCAUGCAUCUUGAAGACAGACUCCAGGAGAUGUACCUUAAAAGCAAGAUGCUGUCUGAGUAUCUCCGAGGACACACACGGGUCCACGUGAAAGAAUUAGGUGUCGUGCUGGGGAUUGAAUCGAAUGACCUGCCUCUGCUGACAGCUAUUGCAAGUACUCAUUCUCCUUACGUUGCUCAAAUACUCUUAUAAGCUAAAGCUCAGGACAGUUCUUGCUUGGAAGAAAAAAUAAAUAAAAUGAGUUCCUCGGCUGAAAGAGAAAAGAAUAACCUCUCUGUGACCUGUGACAUCAAAAGCAUGAAAGGGCAAAGAGUCAUUCCACUACUUUGUUUUGCUUUAUUGCUUUUUCAACUGGAUGCUCCUUUGGAAAGCUUAGAUUUACCUGACAAUGGCAUUUGUGUCUCUCCCCAACCCUGAGGACUUCUGUUACCCGUGAAUCCAGAGA